AUGGCGACCGGCGAGUCCGAAGAUGAACGCGAUAAAAGACUUGCCAGGCUUUGGGAGACACUCGACACUCGCAGGGAGGGUCAUGUUGAUCUGAACGGCCUAAAAAAGGGCCUGAGGAAGAUUGAUCACCCACUAAAGAAUGCCGAUUCGAUGCUUACUGACGUUCUCCGAGCCGUGGAUACAAACGAGGAUGGAUAUAUCGAUUUUUCUGAAUUCCGCGUCUUCAUCAAUCACACCGAGACUGGGCUAUGGCAAAUGUUCCAGAAGAUCGACCGGAACCAUAAUGGGGAAAUUGACAAAGCUGAACUGAAGGCGGCAUUCGCGAAAUCCGGGGUUAUCGUUUCGAAUUCCAAGCUGGACGCUUUCUUCGAAGAGGUGGAUACGAACAAAGACGGCGUGAUAUCGUUUGAGGAAUGGAGGGAUUUCCUCCUCUUUCUCCCUGCAGAGUCAUCAUACGACCUGCGCGCUGUUCUGUCAUACUACACGGCAACGGGAAAUCUAAACCCGGAAGGAGAUGUCAACAUCAAUGAUCUGCAGGGUUUAGGUACAGACCACUCGUUUCCUAAACGUUAUAUAUUAGCCCUGAGGGGUUUUUUGUACAAAACUCUUUGCCUACACGCCCUCGAGACAUUUAUUCCGUCGGUAUAUGCGGAAUCCUGCGGGGGCGCGAGCCCAGGUGUAUCAUUCGGGACUGAAUAUGUUUCCAUAGAUGGAGAUUUUGAGCUCGAAUGGCUACCAAUCCCUCCGCUUGUAGCGAUAUGGAUGUCUAUUCGAUAUUAUGAACAGAAGUUGACGGAAAAUACCCCUCAAUUAGGUUAUUUCCUCGCUGGCGGGAUCGCAGGUGCUAUAUCCCGGACCGCGACGGCGCCUUUCGAUCGUCUUAAAGUCUAUCUGAUCGCCAAAAUUGGGACAGAGAACCAGGGAGCGAAAGCAACUCAAAACGGAGCACCGGUGAAAAAAGCGCAUCGGCAAUUAGUGGAUGCUGUUAAAGAGCUGUGGCGCGUUGGUGGAAUUCGGAGCCUUUUUGCAGGCAAUGGGUUGAACGUGGUGAAAGUGAUGCCGGAAUCGGCCAUCAAAUUCGGUGCAUAUGAGGCUGCGAAAAGGGCGUUCGCUAGACUUGAAGGCCACAAUGACACCAAAAGACUUCUGCCAACAUCUCAGUUCUUGUGUGGCGGUUUUGGUGGAAUGGUUGCCCAGUGCUUCGUCUACCCUCUUGAUACGUUGAAGUUUCGAAUGCAAUGCGAGACUGUUGAAGGAGGCUUGAGAGGAACUCAGCUUAUCGCAGCCACAGCAAAAAAGAUGUGGAAAACAAAUGGCUUGUACGCAUUUUUCCGCGGCUUGCCGCUUGGCCUUGUCGGCAUGUUUCCAUACGCGGCCAUCGACCUCACUACGUUUGAAUAUCUUAAACGAGCUCUUACCGCUCGAAAAGCUCGCCUUGCCAAUUGCCACGAGGAAGAUGCUCCCAUCAGCAAUUUUGCAACAGGAGCUAUCGGCGCAAUAAGCGGUGCGACCAGCGCGUCGAUUGUCUAUCCGUUGAACGUUCUUCGGACAAGACUACAGGCCCAAGGAACUGUUCUUCACCCUGCCACAUAUAGUGGAAUCGGCGAUGUAGCUCGGAGAACCAUCAAAGCAGAGGGUAUUCGAGGCCUCUUCCGAGGCUUGACGCCAAACCUUCUCAAAGUCGCACCGGCAGUCUCCAUCAGCUACGUUGUGUAUGAAAACUCCAAACGGAUGCUGGGCUUAAGAUGA